AUGUCGACCGGGGAGGAUCCUCGCAGACAGGCCGCUCUUCAGGAGUACCGACGGGUGUUCCAGCAGCAUGAACAACUGUCCGAGAAAAUUCGCGGGCACCGAGAAACGCUGCGGCAGGUCAGAGCGAAAUUCGAGAAAACCGAAGAAGACCUGCGAGCACUUCAGUCCGUCGGCCAGAUCGUGGGCGAAGUACUACGGCCUCUCACCGAGGAGAAGUUUAUCGUAAAAGCGUCUUCAGGGCCGCGCUACGUGGUCGGCUGCAAAGCACGUUUACCGCGACGGCGACUGAAGAAAGGCACGCGGGUGGCGCUCGAUAUGACGACGCUCACGAUUAUGCGCAUUCUUCCACGGGAAGUGGAUCCUCUGGUCCAUAAAAUGCUUGCUGAUGCAGAAACACGGCAGCGAAUAGACUAUUCGGAAAUCGGCGGACUCAGUGAACAGAUUCGGGAGCUGCGUGAGGCGGUGGAGUUACCGCUGACGAACCCAGAACUCUUCAUCAGGGUCGGGAUCAAACCGCCCAAAGGCGUCCUUUUGUACGGCCCGCCUGGUACCGGUAAGACGCUCUUAGCUCGAGCGAUCGCCUCGAACAUGGAUGCCUACUUUCUGAAGGUUGUCGCGUCAGCCAUCGUCGAUAAGUACAUCGGGGAAUCCGCGCGAGUCAUUCGGGAGAUGUUCGCAUUCGCACGGGAUCAUCAACCGUGCAUCAUUUUCAUGGACGAGAUCGAUGCGAUUGGCGGGAAACGUUUCAGUGAAGGCACUUCUGCGGACCGGGAAAUCCAGCGUACACUGAUGGAGCUGCUUGCGCAAAUGGACGGUUUUGAUGAACUCGCGGCAGUGAAGCUGGUGAUGGCCACCAACCGUCCAGAUGUGCUCGACGAGGCGCUGCUCCGGCCUGGACGACUCGACCGUAAGAUAGAGGUACCACUGCCGAACGAACAGGGACGCCUUGAGAUCUUGCGUAUUCACGCGCGCUCGCUAAACAUUCGUGGCGACGUCGAUUACGAGGCUGUUUGCCGUCUGGCAGAUGGAUUCAAUGGUGCAGAUCUCCGGAAUAUCUGCACUGAGGCUGGCAUGUUUGCGAUACGGGAAGAGCGUGACUAUGUUGUGAUGGACGACUUUAUGAAAGCCGUGCGCAAACUAUCGGAGAACAAGAAACUCGAACCCAAGAUGGACUAUGGCCAGGCAUUCAAGAAAUCUUGA